AUGACUCAACGCAGCCAGGUUCCCGGCUCCGACAUUAAGCCCUGGCUUCGCCCAGGUCCGCAGGGUUAUCUGUUCACCAACGCCAACAUCGUUGAAGUGCAGACAGGCACUAUCUUGGAAAACGCAUCCCUCACGACACGACAGGGAAAAGUCCAUUCCAUCUCCCAGUCAAUCCCUGAGCCCCUGCCGACAGAUCUCAAGAUUGUCGACUGUCGGGGCCGGUAUCUCUGCCCCGGUCUUUUUGAUGCCCAUGUUCACCUAUGCGCCGUUCCAGGAUUUGGUGAUCUUUCCAAGGCCUUUGGCAAUCCUAAUGAUGUACAUCUCCUACGACAGCCUUAUUCCGCUGCCCAGAUGCUUCACCGUGGGUUUACCAGUGUUCGUGAUUGCGGCGGUGCUCAACUCGCCUUGAAAGAAGCUAUUGAGGAUGGUGUCUUUCCAGGUCCUCGUAUUUUUAUUUCCGGACACGCUCUUUCUCAAUUUGGUGGGCAUGGGGAUCUCCGGGGUUCGCACGAACCAACCGAGUGUUGCGGCGGCCUGCAUAGUAACAAUCACUUGGGUCGUUUGUGCAAUGGUGUACCCGAGUGUAUGGCUGCUGUACGCGAAGAAAUCCGGUGUGGUGCAGAUUUUAUCAAGAUUAUGGGAUCCGGGGGCGUAGCGUCUCCAACCGACAAGCUAGAACACCUCCAAUUCACUGCCGCCGAGAUCCAGGCCAUGGUCGAGUGUGCAAGCAAUGCUGGGACGUUUGUGACUGCCCACGCAUACACCGUUAAGGCCAUCCGACACUGCAUUGAUAAUGGUGUCCGAGGGAUCGAACAUGGCAACUUUGUCGAUCCACCUACUGCGCACCUCAUGGCGGAGAAGGGUGUCUACCUAACCCCAACGCUUAUCGCGUAUGCCCAGAUGGCCUCAGAUCGCUGGAAGGGCUAUUUGCCCCCGGAGUCGCAAACCAAGAACUCACAGGUACUCCAAUCUGGACUGGAGGCUUUAAAAACUGCUUCUGAGGCUGGAGUUACCAUGUGCUAUGGCUCCGACCUGCUAGGCCCACUGGGCUCGGCUCAGACGCAUGAGUUUGCACUACGUGCUCAGGUUCUCUCUCCGCUAGAGGUCCUGCGAAGUGCGACUGUGAAUCCAGCCAAGAUGAUGGGCUGGGAGGAUUCCAUUGGCCAGCUUAAAGAAGGGUUUAUUGCUGAUGUGGUGAUACUAAAUGGAAACCCCCUGGAGGAUGUGACUGUUUUUGACCGGCCUGAAGAACAUGUUCUUGGGGUGAUGAAAGAUGGCCGCGUUUAUAAAAGUCGGUGGAAUGCGCUUCCCGAGGAUGCAGAUAUUCCUGUGAGAGUAUAA